AUGGAUACAUUUGGUUCAAACUCCGCAUUUAGUAUUCGCAUGGAGAUAGCUCAGAAGCUAGCUGACGAACAAUUAGCUCCCAAUUCAUAUUUAGUGGCUGCCACCAACAGCGAAAACCAAUAUCUUCGUAAUCGGUCAACUUACUCGCUACCAUAUCCUUCAUAUAAAGUCUUUGAGUCUCCGAUUUGGUAUAAUAUUAUCUCUGGUCUCUACAUGAGUCGGGAUGCAUUUGAUAUCGUUAUAAAGGAGAUAUUGCAAUCUGGGAUAAUGGAAAUAGCUCUUCGUUCAAUGUAUUCUCAAGCGCCAUGGUGCAUAGUCUACGUCGUUGGAGAUCUGAUAGCAUUUUUGCAAGUUACGUGUACUGGAAUGAUAUGUCAAUCCGCCAGUUUCAUAGUUGUAAACGGAACAUGGAGAUGA